CUCUCUCUCUGCUUCUGAACCAGAUACUAUCUAUCAAUCUCUUUCUAUCCACCAUGUAGCACAUCCUCUCAUGUGAUGCUUAAUUAGCGGCUAAACUAGACACUUUCCCCUGCUGAGUUUGAGCCUUUUUCCACACAAGAAUCAAUCGCCAUAUGAAACCAAUCCAAUAUAGUCCACAAUAAAGCAACUCUCAUGAAAAGUCAAACGAUUAGAGUAACUAGGAAAAGAUCAAGGUCAACACGACUAAAGGCAAGGCCGCCGAAAGUUGCACCCACCGGUUCUGAGCGAUCGAUCUCCCACCCUUGUGCGGCCGAAUCUGUAGGCCACAUGUCGGCACAUUCCUCAGCGUUUCUCGUAAUUUUUUGUUUGCUUCAUGCCAUGGUUCAUCCUCCAGUCCAGACUCCAGGCCUUCCAAUUACUAAAAAUAUUAUGAGAGAGAGAGAGAGAGAGAGAGAGAGAGAGAGAGAGAGAGAGAGAGAGAGAGAGAGAGAGAGAGAGAGAAGGCCAUAUCCAUGCAUGAUCCAUCCGUCCACAUGCCUUGUUUGUAGUAGCGGCGGUCGCACAAAGAAGUCAGGUAUGCUAAGCAAAGUGAAAACAAAGAGGCAAGGACCAUCUCCACCUCCUCAGCUGUGUAUAUAAAAGGCGGCGGCGGCGGCGGCGUCUCCUACUCACCACCGGCUCCGGCCCCGGCCCCGCCUCCAUCCAUGGCCAACCUCCCCUCCGCCGCCGCAGCCGACGCCGCCGGGUUCAAGCUCUUCGGCAAGGUCAUCCAGCCCCUCGACGCGCCCCGCGCCGCGGAGGAGAGCGCCCCGCCGGCGGUUCCAGCCUCGCCUCCUCCUCCUUCGCCUCCGCUGCCCCUCCAGGCGGCGGCCUCGAGCGCGGCCGGGGCCGGCACGGGGGAGCCGCUGCCGUGCCCGCGGUGCGGGAGCAGGGAAACCAAGUUCUGCUACUUCAACAACUACAACGUGCGGCAGCCGCGCCACCUCUGCCGCGCCUGCCGCCGCUACUGGACCGCCGGCGGCGCGCUCCGCCGCGUCGCCUCCGCGUCCCCCGGCCGCCGCAGGCCGCGCCACAGCGCCCGAUCGGCCGCCGCCGCUAUGGCGGCCGCGUCCUCCGCCGCCGAGGAGCGGGGCGGAGAGCGUUGACUCGCGGUCGUAGGCUCGGGGCAGGGCUCUCGCUCGCGGGACCCGCGUGCGUGACGCAAUGCUCCGGCGCCCCGGGCCCGCGCGUCAGUCACGGGACGGCCGUCCUGCGGGGCCCCUCUGCGCCCCGUCGCCCUUUUCCCCUCUCCUUUUGUGGUUUAUUAGGCUCUACUUUUUAUACCAUUUUAGGAUUCUUUUGGUGGCCAAAAGGACGCGGCCAGCUGCGAAAGGAAAGGUUGUAGGUAUGAUAUGAUGUAAAAGGUCUGAACUUUUUUCUAUUGCUUAAAAAGAUGCAAAAGAGAUGAUAAGUUUGCUAGGCAGCUCAGAUGAUCCCAAUUAUAAAUGUACUAGCACUGCUCCUGAUGUUAUGUGGCAAAUGGUGAAUUGGUUGAUAACUCAA